AUGGGACAGACGGUGACGACCCCCCUUAGUUUGACUCUCGACCAUUGGACUGAAGUUAAAUCCAGGGCUCAUAAUUUGUCAGUUCAGGUUAGGAAAGGACCCUGGCAGACUUUCUGUGCCUCUGAGUGGCCGACAUUCGAUGUUGGAUGGCCAUCAGAGGGGACCUUUAAUUCUAAAAUUAUCUUAACUGUUAAAGCAAUUAUUUUUCAGACUGGACCCGGCUCCCAUCCCGAUCAGGAGCCCUAUAUUCUUACGUGGCAAGAUUUGGCAGAAAACCCCCCACCGUGGGUUAAGCCCUGGCUAAAUAAACCAAAAAAGCCAGGUCCCCAAAUUCUGGCUCUUGAAGAGAAAAACAAAUACUCGGCCAAAAAAGUCAAAUCCUCUCCUCGUAUCUACCCCGAGAUUGAGGAGCCGCCGACUUGGCCGGAACCCCAACCUGUUCCCCCACCCCCUUAUCUGGUACAGGGGGCUGUGGGGGGACCCUCUGCCCCUACUGGAGCCCCGGCGGUGGAGGGACCUGCUGCUGGGACUCGGAGUCGGAGAGACGCUACCCCGGAGCCGACAGAUGAGGUCGUGACAUUACCGCUGCGCACCUAUGGCCCUCCCAUGCCGGGGGGCCAAUUGCAGCCCCUCCAGUAUUGGCCCUUUUCCUCUGCAGAUCUCUAUAAUUGGAAAACUAACCAUCCCCCUUUCUCGGAGGAUCCCCAACGCCUCACGGGGUUGGUGGAGUCCCUUAUGUUCUCUCACCAGCCUACUUGAGAUGAUUGUCAACAGCUGCUGCAGACACUCUUCACAACCGAGGAGCGAGAGAGAAUUCUGUUAGAGGCUAGAAAAAAUGUUCCUGGGGCCGACGGGCGACCCACGCAGUUACAAAAUGAGAUUGACAUGGGAUUUCCUUUGACUCGCCCCGGUUGGGACUACAACACGGCUGAAGGUAGGGAGAGCUUGAAAAUCUAUCGCCAGGCUCUGGUGGCGGGUCUCCGGGGCGCCUCAAGACGGCCCACUAAUUUGGCUAAGGUAAGAGAGGUGAUGCAGGGACCGAAUGAACCUCCCUCAGUAUUUCUUGAGAGGCUCAUGGAAGCCUUCAGGCGGUUCACCCCUUUUGAUCCUACCUCGGAGGCCCAGAAAGCCUCAGUGGCCCUGGCCUUCAUAGGGCAGUCGGCCCUGGACAUCAGAAGAAAACUUCAGAGACUAGAAGGGUUACAGGAGGCUGAGUUACGUGAUCUAGUAAAGGAGGCAGAGAAAGUGUAUUACAAAAGGGAGACAGAAGAAGAAAAGGAACAAAGGAAAGAAAGAGAAAAAGAGGAAAGGGAGGAAAGACGUGAUAGACGGCAAGAGAAGAAUUUGACUAAGAUCUUGGCCGCAGUGGUUGAAGGAAAGAGCAGUAGGGAGAGAGAGAGAGAUUUUAGAAAAAUUAGGUCAGGCCCUAGACAGUUAGGGAACCUGGGCAAUAGGACCCCACUCGAUAAGGACCAGUGUGCAUAUUGUAAAGAAAAAGGACACUGGGCAAGGGACUGCCCCAAGAAGGAAAACAAAGAACUGAAGGUCCUAACUCUGGAAGAAGAUAAAGAUUAGGGGAGACGGGGUUCGGACCCCCUCCCCGAGCCCAGGGUAACUUUGAAGGUGGAGGGACAACCAGUUGAGUUCCUGGUUGAUACCGGAGCGGAGCAUUCAGUGCUGCUACAGCCAUUAGGAAAACUAAAAGAUAAAAAAUCCUGGGUGAUGGGUGCCACAGGGCAACGACAGUAUCCAUGGACUACCCGAAGAACUGUUGACCUGGGAAUGGGACGGGUAACCCACUCAUUUCUGGUCAUCCCUGAGUGCCCAGUACCCCUCCUAGGUAGAGACUUACUGACCAAGAUGGGAGCACAAAUUUCUUUUGAGCGAGGAAAACCAGAAGUGUCUGCGAAUAACAAACCCAUCGCUGCAUUGACCCUCCAAUUAGAAGAAAAAUAUCGACUAUAUUCUCCCCUAGUAAAGCCUGAUAAAAAUAUACAGUCCUGGUUGGAGCAGUUUCCCCAGGCCUGGGCAGAGACCGCAGGGAUGGGUCUGGCAAAGCAAGUUCCCCCGCAGGUUAUUCAGUUAAAGGCCAGUGCUACGCCAGUAUCGGUCAGACAGUACCCCUUGAGUAAAGAGGCUCGAGAGAGAAUCUGGCCGCAUGUUCAAAGAUUGAUCCAACAGGGCAUCCUAGUUCCUGUUCGGUCCCCUUGGAACACUCCCCUACUACCGGUUAGAAAGCCUGGGACCAAUGACUAUCGACCAGUACAAGACUUGAGAGAGGUCAACAAACGGGUGCAGGACAUACACCCAACAGUUCCAAACCCUUAUAACCGCUUGUGCGCUCUCCCGCCCGAAAGGAGUUGGUACACAGUAUUGGACUUAAAAGAUGCCUUUUUCUGCCUGAGAUUACACCCCACUAGCCAACCGCUCUUUGCCUUUGAGUGGAGGGAUCCCGGCACGGGAAGAACCGGACAGCUCACCUGGACCCGACUGCCCCAAGGGUUCAAGAAUUCCCCGACCAUCUUUGACGAAGCCCUACAUAGAGACCUGGCCAACUUCAGGAUCCAACACCCUCAGGUAACCCUCCUCCAAUAUGUGGAUGACCUACUUCUAGCAGGAGCCACUAAGCAGGACUGCUUAGAAGGUACGAAGGCACUGCUACUGGAAUUGUCUGACCUAGGCUACCGAGCCUCUGCUAAAAAGGCCCAGAUUUGCAGGAGAGAGGUAAUAUACUUGGGGUACAGUUUGCGGGACGGGCAGCGAUGGCUGACGGAGGCACGGAAGAGAACUGUAGUCCAGAUACCGGCCCCAACCACAGCCAAGCAAGUGAGGGAGUUUUUGGGGACAGCUGGAUUUUGCAGGCUGUGGAUCCCGGGGUUUGCGACCUUAGCAGCCCCACUCUACCCGCUAACCAAAGAAAAAGGAGAAUUCUCCUGGGCUCCUGAGCACCAGAAGGCGUUUGAUGCUAUUAAAAAGGCCCUGCUGAGCACACCUGCUCUGGCCCUCCCUGAUGUAACUAAACCCUUUACUCUUUAUGUGGAUGAGCGUAAGGGAGUAGCCCGGGGAGUUUUAACCCAAUCCCUAGGACCAUGGAGGAGACCUGUUGCCUACCUGUCAAAGAAACUCGAUCCUGUAGCCAGUGGUUGGCCUGUAUGCCUGAAGGCUAUCGCAGCUGUGGCCAUACUGGUCAAGGAUGCUGACAAAUUGACUUUGGGACAGAAAAUAACUAUAAUAGCCCCCCAUGCGUUGGAGAACAUCGUCCGGCAGCCCCCAGACCAAUGGAUGACCAACGCCCACAUGACCCACUAUCAAAGCCUGCUUCUCACAGAAAGGGUCACGUUCGCUCCACCAGCCGCCCUCAACCCUGCCACUCUUCUGCCUGAAGAGACCGAUGAACCAGUGACUCAUGAUUGCCAUCAAUUGUUGAUUGAGAAAACUGGGGUCCACAAGGAUCUUACAGACAUACCGCUGACUGGAAAAGUGCUGACCUGGUUCACUGAUGGGAGCAGCUAUGUGGUGAAAGACACUUUUUCAGGAUGGGUCGAGGCUUAUCCUACUAAGAAAGAGACUUCAACCGUGGUGGCUAAAAAAAUACUGGAGGAGAUUUUUCCGAGAUUCGGAAUACCUAAGGUAAUAGGGUCAGACAAUGGUCCAGCUUUCGUUGCCCAGGUAAGUCAGGGACUGGCCAAGAUAUUGGGAAUUGAUUGGAAACUGCAUUGUGCAUAUAGACCCCAGAGCUCAGGACAGGUAGAGAGGAUGAAUAGAACCAUUAAAGAGACCCUUACCAAAUUGACCACAGAGACUGGCAUUAAUGAUUGGAUAGCUCUCCUGCCCUUUGUGCUCUUCAGGGUUAAAAACACCCCUGGUCAAUUUGGGCUGACCCCCUAUGAAUUGCUCUAUGGGGGGCCCCCCCCAUUGGUAGAAAUUGCCUCUGUACAUAGUGCUGAUGUGCUGCUUUCCCAGCCUUUGUUUUCUAGGCUCAAGGCACUCGAGUGGGUGAGGCAGCGAGCGUGGAAGCAGCUCCGGGAGGCCUACUCAGGAGAAGGAGACUUGCAGGUUCCACAUCGCUUCCAAGUUGGAGAUUCAGUCUAUGUUAGGCGCCACCGUGCAGGAAACCUUGAAACUCGGUGGAAGGGCCCUUAUCUCGUACUUUUGACCACACCAACGGCCGUGAAAGUCGAAGGAAUCUCCACUUAG